AUGGAGUCUUCCAAAGAAACCGGCUGUGAAGCCCGUGAGGGCCCGAUCCUCUGCAUCAACAACUGUGGCUUUUUCGGGAGUGCUGCUACAAUGAACAUGUGCUCCAAGUGCCACAAGGACUCGAUACUCAAACAGCAGCAGGCCCAGCUGGCCCAAACUUCCAUAGACACCAUCAUGAAUGGUGGUGGCUCGACUAGCGUCAUUCAAAAAGAGCCCAUUUUCGCCGACCCAUCAAAUGUGGAAAAGCCCGAACCAAAAAUCGAAAUCGGCCAAUCUUCGGGAGAAAAUCUGGAGGUGAAGGCAAAGGAGGGCCCAAACAGGUGUGCCAGCUGUCGCAAGCGUGUUGGUUUGACCGGGUUCAACUGCAAGUGCGGGUUCCUCUACUGCUCCGUCCACCGUUACGCGGACAAGCAUGAAUGCACGUUCGACUACCGGGCCGCGGGCCGGGAUGCCAUAGCAAAGGCGAACCCGAUCAUAAAAGCCGAAAAGCUCGAUAAGAUCUAG